AUGCCCUCGCGUGUAGACCAGCUUCGAAACGAGACGCGUUCUGUGUCUUCUGUGUCGACCGCUUCGUCAGAUGCGACGGCGGUCGACACGCCUGUAGGAUUGGAGACACUCUACUUGUACCUAUACCCGGGUGCGGAGUUGCCGAGCGUGCCCUACAAGCUUCGCUUCGCAAUCUCCCCUGAUGAAUGGGACUCGCGUAUCCAGAUUAUUGCAGAACAUACCAAUAAUGCAGCCCGUCCCCUCCCUGAGGCCAUUUAUUUCUUCAUAUGCUGUAUCGCUAUUCCAGCCGGGAUUGGAUACCCAUUGUUCAUGCAGAUGCUCGACUUUGCGGAAGCGACGCGCAAAGGCAAAGGACUGACGAAGCAGGAUGGGAUGAUCGCCAUCAUUAUCUCGUCUGUGGUCGCAUUGCUGCUGUUCAUGAUCUUCUCGACGCCUCUUUUCGUCCGCAAAUAUAUCCUACAGCGUCGAAUGAACCGCGUGACGCAAUCGUGGGAGGCUAUCGAUCAGAAAAAGGCGGACAAGAACCUCAAGUUGAAAUGGCGCGUCCGUUUACCGUACCUGUUUGGUUCCGCGAGUGCUUUACGAAUCCCUGUCCCACCCCGCACCGAAGGAUCGGGGCGGACGCUCAUUGGGAUGCAUGCACAUUCACGUUCGAAUUCGAGCACAAGCUCCUGGGAAUCUGACAUGGAGGCGCAGGGCGGAGGGUCGAAUGCGGGCAGCAUGUUGGCUCGAGAUGAUAGCUUCGGGGGACAAAGCGUGUUCACGAGGAAUUCUUGA